AUGGCCGACGACGGCUUCGUCGACCGCCUCAAAGUCGUGACCGCCUUCUACAAAGAUACGCAGACGAGCCGGUACUGCCCCACUGUGCGGCAGCUUUGUCAGAUCGACGCGUCUAAUCGUCUUCCUCCUGCUCCCACCAAGUGCCCGAGAUGCAGCUUUACCUACGGGAACUUCGAGGCCUGUCUUACCUACAAGGACGAGCACCCAGGAAAGUGGUUCUUGAGAUGCGUCAAAUGCAAGCGGAUGCACAUGCCGAGCCAGUCGGGCCCUUCGCCGUGGAUCGCUAAGGCCAUCGAGGCGCAGCUUGAGGCCAAUGCGAUGGCGGCGGCGGAAGACACGCUCGUGGCCCGAGAACAAGACGAGCUCCGUCAGGCCAUCCUCAUCUCCAAGCGCGAGGCGGAGCAGCAGCAAAAGGAGGCGCGCGCGCAGGCUAAAGUCGCGCAGAGGCUUCGCCAAGCGGAUGCAAAGGUUCUCGCGAGCGUAGAUCGCCUACGGCAAGAUGCGCGCAAAGCGCACGAGCAAGAUGUCGUCGCGAGGCGCACUGGCAGCCAGCCCAAGAAGGGCAAGAGGCCUGUUGCUGCGGCCGCUAUAGAGCUAGCGCCUGUGAGACUCAAGCAGUUGGUGAAGCUCAUACUGUGGCUAAAGCCAGACGACGCUCCCGUGGCACACGAUGUCGAGAUCGACGCGAUUGACCACCUGUAUCUAUUGGAGAUCGACCUGUUGGGUAGUAUGUGGGACGGCAUCGAGAUACAGGCGAAAUUCUGGUGCCCCGAAACGAACGCUUGGUGUCCCGGCAUGGAGGCGAUGGCAGUAAGCUCCCACACGCGCAUCAUCCUCGUGCGCCACGACUUCAUCGGCCGCUGUCUUAACCUUGGGACCGAACUUCACGUCGCCCAGACCUGUUGGAGCGGGAGCCCUGGCCGUGGGUCGCUGACGGCAAUGAGGGCCGAGAGGAAAAGUAUCUUGGGGCGAAAGAUUAAAGCGGACCAGGUCUGGGUGGUUCUAUGGUACAAGGACCACGAAGAGCCGGUGAAGGAACACGCCCACAAACUAAGCGACCAAUUCCUACUGCGCUACAGCCCUACGAUCUUCGAAUUAAUACGCAAGGGAGGCAGCGUCGACCUUUGGCAUGACGACGUCUCCGACUGGGAGCGCAUUCGCGUCCGCGAGCAGAUCCCGAUCAGCGCGGCUACGCACACGCUGCUACUGCGCGUGCCAGGCGUAGAGGGCAUGCCGUCGUUAGGUCUGGAGAUCGAGGCCCUAAGCAUCCCGCGCCAGAGCAUUUCGCCCAUAGCGCAAAAGACCCCCGAACGCGGUCGUAAAAGGGAUUGGGACGACGUAGUAGCGGAGUGCAACCGCUCGCGCUCGUCAUCGCUGGAGCCGCUGCAGGUCGGGCCGGGCGUCAAGAUGGGGGAGGCGACCACCGAGAAGGGCGACGCCGGCGACGGUGCGAGAGGGAGGGCGCCACGCCUAGCAGGGGGAGCGCACGCCGUGUUCGGUCAGUCGGCCCCUAAGCGCGUGAAGGUCGAGGAGGCAGAGGUGGACGCGAAGCCCAAAGCGCCCUUGAAUUGGGUGGCGGCAGAGACUACGGUUGGGGGGGUGACAACGAUUGACCUAGACCUGCUGUACGACUAG